AUGCAGCAACUGAGGCGCCUCAGCUUUUUCGAUCGAAGUAUUGUCGAGAAGGCCCGUUUCCCUGCUUCCUCGUGCAAUGAAUCGGCCAUUUCCAGUGGCCAAGGAUGCGCUGCGACCACGGAUUUGCUCCCUCCUGCUCUGGUGCAGCAACAUGGAGCACCGGCAGGGCCCUCUCGUAUGUCCCCAUUACCGUCUUCCAACAUAGUGUGUACUGCGGGAACAGAUGAUUGCCUAUGGAUGGGGGAUGACACAGGCGUCUUGCACACGCUAGACCUAAACUUCCAGCUGAAGUCUCGGAAGAGCUUCGACAUCUGUUUCGUUGCGAUGCAUGCGGCACUUCAAGCGAGCUGCAUUGUAUGCAUCGGGCGAGAUGCCCCUACUGAUAAGCCAGGUAGCACAGGCGCUGCAUUAGAGGGUUCAGGAGACGCUGAAGACGUACGGACUCGCCAAGGAAUCUUGAAGUACAAAUGCUACAGCACCAGCCAGGUAGACGGCAGGGGUAAUCCUCUGUUACUGCGUGAGGCAGGGCUUUUCUCCAAGAUUCCCGAGCAAAUCUUGCUGUGCUCAGAUAUCAACCAGAAUUUUACAAUGCUGGCCGUUGGCACGGAAGGUGCGGGCAUCUGUCUUUUCCGCGGCAAUCUCCUCAGGGAGAAAACGUGUCGACUGCGACUAAUGAAAGAAAGCGACGAGACUGUCACGAGCGUUCGUUUCUUGGCUUCGCCAGCUGAUGCAAAAGUCUACUACAUGCUCGUCUGUUACACCACUUCAAUAAAAUGUUACUCCGUACCUCUGCGAGGGGAGCCGAAGGUCUCGCACACAGACAUUGUUCCAGCUGCGUCUCGUUUAGUCGUAAGCGUACUGCCUUCUCUCGGCACGUUUGUUGUGCAUCACGACGAGGGGAUCUUUUGCGUCGAUCCAGAUCAAGGCAAGCGGUGCACUUCCAGCCGAUUCCUCACGCGCACAACGACAUUGCUUGCACAAUGUAACUUGUGGGCACUUCCAGCGGAAGGACGCUGCCACAUCUUGGCCACCCACAGGUCCUAUAUAGUCUCCGUCACAACAGAACAAGCUCCUGUCGACGGCGAACUGACCAACGCGGGCUCGUCCGAAGGCUCGACCGAACCUUUUCCAUUGUUGUCAAAAAAUGCUAAACACGAAACACUAACAAUUCACCUGUGCUACCCUGACUUGCGACUCAUAGCAUACUCUUCGCAAAUGCGGGGUGUUAUGCACGUGGUCUCGGCAAUGGACACCCUGUUCGUCAUCGCUCGAGGGGGUUCAACUGAUUGUAACGUGCUAUUUGAUGUGAAGGAGAAGAGUUUUGAUGAGCGCCUGAGCAUCCUGCUGCGGAAACGACUGUUUAAUUGGGCCGCUGAAGUCGCAAUUCAAGAUCGUCAGCCUCAGCAAGUUUUGCAGGAAGUGUAUCGGCUUCAUGGAGACUGGCUGUACUCCAAGAACAUGCCUGAUAAAGCCGUAGAAAUGUAUAUAAAGACGAUUGGAUUCCUGGAGCCGUCUGCGGUUAUUCAGAAACUACUCGAUGCCCAAGAAUUGAGGCAUCUUGCACUCUACUUGCUGCACCUACACCUAGCAGGCUGCGCCAUGCAACAGCAUACGCUUUUGUUCUUCAAGUGCACUUCCAGGUUGAAAGACGAUUCGCUCCUCGCCAGUUUCCUGGAAGACCCGCGCAUCAGCAAGACUUGCUGUCUCACGGUAGCACUUAACGAGUGUCGAUUAAACGGAGACACGGAACUCGCUUGCAGAAUUGCCAGUCGUCAUGGAUACCAUGACGAGCACCUGUCGUUGCUGUUAGAAACUCAGGAAUUUACAAAAGCCGUCGAUCUCUUGAAGCAGGUUGAUGCGCCAACUGCGUGCUCCCUCUUGCUAAAGCACGGCAGCACCCUCCUCAGGCACAGCGCAAGUGACGUGCUUCUCCUCUUGAGCCAGUUUAUUAAGGACUACCAUACCAGCGUCGAAGUUUUCAUCCCGCUCUUUGUCGACGACUCUGAUUUGCUUCUACUCUUUCUUUCGUUUUUACUGCAUGGAGUAUCGGUGGCGAGACGCUUAGUUCCGCAGCACGAAGCUCUUUGCAAUAACUCAAGAUUGAAUGCGGCAAUUGAGGAGGCGCGUGUGGCGAUAUCUGCCAAUCCAUCAAUAUUUGGGUGCACCGCAUUUUCCUCACUUUUGGAGCUGCUUCUUCGUAAGUGGCAUGCGUCACAUCUUUCUCAUCAAGGAGAAAGUGGAGGUUCAGACUGCCUGGAAGAUGGCCAUCGCGGUUUUCAAGGCACUGGUAUUGAAGAAAAAUCUUUGGAAAUGUCGUCCUUGCGCACGGAAAUACUUUUGAAAACUCUUAAGAGCCGAUCAAUGACACAUGAAGAACAAUUCCGUUCAACUGUACUAUGCACGAUUUUUGGAUUUGAAGAAGGAGUGGCACUUGAGUGCGAGAAGCGGGAUGAGCUACAGCUUCCAGUUGCGUACUUCGAAGCCACCGAUGACAUUUCAAGCCUUCUUCGGUUCUGUAUGAAGAAUGGAUCUAAGGCUCCCAUACUGUGGACACAAACGUUGAACAUACUUGCUUCUCGAAGAGGGACAGAGCGUCAAAUCCGAGAAGUACUCAUGCACAUCGAGCGGUAUCGCCUGCUACCACCGUUGACAGUUUUGGAGAUUUUGCAGCAGAGCCCAGCAGUCACAUUGGAUGCUGUUAAGGAUUACUUCCUGCGAGCGAGUGAUGACCUCAGUGAUCAAUUGGAACACUCCCAUGAGCUUUUGCAAAGUGAUAGAGCGGAAGUUUCGCACAUGGCUGAGGAAAUUGAACGCUUCAGGAACCAAGCCCAAGUUUUCGAGUCAGAACGUUGCGACUUUUGCUUCCUUCCAAUCGAGCUCCCUUCCAUACACUUUCGCUGUGGUCACUCGUUCCACAUCUACUGCUUGAGCAGCAACAGCGAUAACAAAAUGGGUGCAGCCCAAGCGUCCGGACUGUCUCAGUCUUCAUACUUGUGUGCUAUAUGCACGCCUCAGUUCAACGCCAAACGGUUGCUGCUCACGCAAAGGGAGGCAGAGGCAUGUAACACAGAUGACUUCUUCAAAUUUCUCCGAGGGUCAACAGAUGGAUUUGACUUUAUACUGAGCUGUUUCGGCCGUGGCUUGUUUCCAUCGCCACUGACAAAAAUUGACCCCACCAAAGACCAGACAGGGCUAGAUUCUUUAAUUCGAAAUUGUGCUUGCAUGAAAGCAAGCAGAAAAGUAGAUUUGCUUCCGGACAAUUUUGAGCAUCCGUUGCGCAUUCCUGGGUGGUGGGGUCUGGACUCAUCUCAAGACUUUCCAAGCAUCUUCCCGCACCAGACAACCGACAAGCUGUGA